GCCGCACCGGACGCCGCUCCGCUGCCUGCACCGCAGCCACCUGCAGCAGCUCGACUCUUCGCCACCCGCAUCGUGCCGCGGCGAAAGGAAUAAAGCACCCAGCCCGUCCCGACCCGCUCGGCCGGCCCUCCCACAGGCAGCCGGGGCCGGGGCGGGUCGGGUCCCCGCGGGCAGACCCCGACGGCCAGAGCCCGGGCGCCCGCCGCCUCUCGUCCCCUGCGCGCCCUCCCCGCGGAUGGACGCGCUGUCGCCAACCGGCCCGCCCCGGCCUCACCGCGCCGCCUGAAGAAACUUGGGACGGCGGCGUUCUCCGCCUUCCCGCCGCGCCCCGACUGGGCUGCGGGGGACCCUUCCCAGUGUCGCUACACCAACUUCUCGCAGGGACCCGCCCGCUGCAGGACUCCGGCCCGGGGCCGCCGGCCCCUCGGCGGGGCGCCGCCCAGUGCCCCCUUCCCGUGGCGGGUACCCCCUGCCCCUGGCCUCGGUGCUGGGGAGGAGACGGGGUGCCCUGGAUGGCCCUGCGCACUGGGACGGCUUGGUUUGGGCAGGUCCUGCGCAGAGUUUCCCGGCUCCAAGGCACUUGGUCUCGGCGCUCCAGCAGCCUCCUGUGUCUCUCCUCCUCCCAGGAGCCCGAGCAGGCGGGCGGAGAGCGGCCGCCGCCGCAGCACAAGCUGCCCCGGAGCAGCAGCAGUGGCAGCGGCGGCAGCGGGAGCCGCCAGCCCUCCCGGCAGCUGCCCCCCUGCUGCGGCUGCUGCGGCCUGUCGGAUCCCCGGGCGGCCAGGGGGGGACAUGGUCCCCUCACUCGCCCCUUGCUGGCGGCCAUGAAGAGGCAGAACGUGCGGACUCUGUCCCUCAUAAUUUGCACGUUCACCUACCUGCUGGUCGGAGCUGCCGUCUUUGAUGCCCUGGAGUCCGACAACGAGAUGCGAGAGGAGGAGAAACUCAAAGCCGAGGAGAUCCGGCUCAAGGGAAAGUACAACAUCACCAGCGAGGACUACCGGCAGCUGGAGUUGGUGAUCAUGCAGUCCGAGCCGCACCGGGCCGGCGUCCAGUGGAAAUUUGCCGGUUCCUUCUACUUUGCCAUCACGGUCAUCACGACUAUUGGUUAUGGACAUGCUGCUCCAGGGACAGAUGCAGGGAAGGCCUUUUGCAUGUUCUAUGCGGUCCUGGGGAUCCCACUGACACUUGUCAUGUUCCAGAGCUUGGGCGAGCGCAUGAACACCUUCGUCAAGUACCUCUUGAAACGCAUCAAAAAGUGCUGUGGGAUGAGGAGCACUGAGGUCUCCAUGGAAAACAUGGUCACUGUGGGUUUCUUCUCCUGCAUGGGAACACUCUGCAUUGGAGCAGCAGCUUUUUCCCAGUAUGAGGAAUGGAGCUUUUUCCAUGCUUACUAUUACUGCUUUAUAACAUUGACUACGAUAGGGUUUGGAGACUAUGUGGCCCUGCAGACCAAAGGGGCCCUUCAAAAGAAGCCUCUCUAUGUGGCUUUUAGCUUUAUGUACAUUCUAGUGGGAUUGACAGUCAUUGGGGCAUUUCUAAAUCUGGUUGUUCUCAGGUUCUUAACCAUGAACAGUGAGGACGAGAGGCGGGAUGCAGAGGAACGGGCAUCCCUGGCAGGGAACCGCAACAGCAUGAUUAUCCACAUCCAAGAGGACUCCCAGCAUGGUCGGCCUCGGUACAAGGCCGAAGUAACAGACCUUCAGUCAGUUUGUUCCUGCAUGUGUUACAGGUCCCAUGAGUACACCAGCCGGGUGGUGUCCCACCAAAAUUCGUUCAGCUCAAAGCUGAACCCCCAGUACUUUCACUCCAUCUCUUACAAGAUAGAGGAGAUCUCACCAAGCACAUUAAAAAACAGCCUUUUCCCAUCUCCUGUCAGCUCCAUCUCACCUGGGUUGCACAGCUUUACAGAUAACCACAGGCUUAUGAGAAGGCGAAAGUCUAUUUAAAGGGAUUUGUCUUCAUUUGCUUUCCUUGUUUUCCCCAGUUCUUAUCUGUUGUUUCAUUUUUUUGUUCCUUGAGUGAGAUGGAGCGAGGCCAAAGGGAGCAGAGAAAGCCAACCCUCCUCUGAGACUCAGCUCUCGAGCAUGAAGCAUGGAUUAUUACUGUUCCAGCAAAGUAUGCCUUACAUUAACCCCCUUGGUGGAUGUCAGAGGAUUCAAGGUGACGUGAAGUGGGUACCAAAUCCAAAGUUGCACACACAGCUGGGAGCCUUCAUGUGCCACUGGCACUCCCGACCUAAUAAACUACUUUCCUCAUGAGCAGGUUGCAGUGCGUGUGCGUGCUUGCGUGUGUGUUGGGGGUGUGUGUGUGUGUGUGCAGUUCCACAACUAGUGCCGUGUGACAAAAAUUAAAGCAUCGGGUCUUAUUUGUUUUUCCCCUUGAAGCAAUUGUGUUCCAGCCUGCUUUUAACUUUUAGA